GAGGAUGCAGCAGCAGGGGUGACUCCCGUAGCAUCCCCUGCACCCAGCGGAAAGAAACCCGCUGCACCUGCCGCGCAGCCCGCCAGUUAUGACGAUUUCGUACAGCCAAAAGCCAAAGGGGAUAUCGUUCCUGCUGCUUUGAGCAUAGACCCGGAGGAGCUUGCAGCCAUGCCCCCAUGGAAGAGAGAGCUGCUAUUCAAGAGAGACAAAGUGCCAGUCACGUUUUCGAACGAGUUUAAUCCAGAUGAGGAGGAGAAUGAAGUUCCCCAGGGAGUGCCAGAGAUGGCGGACCCCAAUGCCAGCUGAUUCUAUUUCAUCGUAUUGUGUCUCUCUCUCUAGCAGACUGCUCCUGGGUGUUUGUUCAGACUGAGUGUAUAAAUGAAUGUGUGCGUGUUUGCAUAGGUUUAUUUGUUUGAGUAAACUUGUGUUUGCAUGUGCGUAUGUGUGUGUGUUUGUGUGUUUGUGUGUGUGUAUGUUUGUGUUACCUGAGAGUGAGAACGAGCAGUCAGAUAAACUAUUACGAUUAACAUAGAUGUUCUCCUUUGUGUUGGCAACGCAUCUCACGAGAUGUCUCACACACACACACACACACACACAUACACACACACACACACACACACACACACACACACACACACAUA